AUGUAUUCUGUUGGCAGCGGUGUUUCUGACCCUACAGAGGCCCCCAAAGAACUCAGCAUCACGACCCCAAACCCGAUCCUGGCGCAUACACUCCGCCAGGAAGAGAGUUCCGUGCUAAGCCUAGCUGCUGAUGUCCACCAUAUUUUCAGUGGUAGCCAAGGAAAGGACAUCUAUGUAUGGGAUCGACAGACAUUUCAGAUCAAGACCACUCUGAAGGGACAUGAGGGGAGUGUGCUUAUGCUGGAAGUCUCAGAGGAGAAAGGCUGGUUAUUCAGUUCUUCGAGCGAUAGCACAAUACGUGUUUGGGAUACUUCGGCAUUAUCUCUGAUAUACACCAUUCACCCUCAUGGAGAGACGGAAGCUGGUGAUAUCUUUUCCCUCGCUUAUUCUCCGCCUCAUUCCUCGAUGGACUCUGACGAUGCGCCUGGGUUGAAUACACUCUUUUUCGGAUGUCAGAAUACUUCGCUUCAAUGGCUGGACCUUUCACGGCCGAACGACUGCCUCGCCUUAGAGGACAUGGACGCAUCGGAUCUGAGCAUGGUAGGGGACGGAAGUGGGGCUGUUACUCCAGAGGUUAUUCCUAUGGGUCUAGGAAUUUCUGUUGCUUCUCCCUCCGGAUUGCGCAAAUUGCACAAAUUUUUUGACAGUCAACCAAGGGGAGCAAGCAACUCCGCUCUGGGAUCAGUUCGUACCCCUAGUUCGGCUAUCUCACAACUGCCUUCAUCUGCGGAGAAUUUUACCCUUCAGGUUCCGCCACAAAACGUCAUUGAAUCCGCACAUUUCGGCUAUGUUUACUGCAUGGCCCUCGUCCCUUGGGGAUGUUCAUCUUCAUCUAGGAAUGGAGGAAGCGAAAGCGAGAUUGACUCCCAUUCGAUUUCUCAAUGCCUAGUCACUGGUAGUGGUAAUGCCGAUGUUAAGGUACUUACGUCGCUCGGCCCGCCUAAACUUCAGCAUACAUUUACCACUCCUUGCGGCGGUAGUGGUGGUGCCGUCUUAUCUAUCCUGAUUCGUAACGGUUGUCUAUUCGCUGGCUGUCAAGAUGGUCUUGUCCAUAUUUGGGACUUUGAAAUGAAGUCCCUCGUGAGGUCGAUCCCAGUUGCUGCAGAGAGCAUCGACGUCCUAUCGUUGUCAAUGCUUGAUGACGAUCUCUACACUUGCUUGUCUAAUGGGAAAUCAAGGUCACGGUGGUCUCGUUCAUUUGCCUGCUCUGCGAUCUGGAAGGCUCACGAUGGAAUAGUCCUGUCGUCCAUCGUUGCACGGAUAUCACAGACCGAUAGCUCAGACCCGGAGAGCCCUCCACAAACUGGUCAGCAGUAUAGCUUGAUAACGGGCGCAAGCGAUAACCAUAUAAAGUUAUGGACGAUAAGUGGUCCGCGCCAAGCAAGCAAGGCACACGUUGUCCGGCCGCAGGUGCAAGCUAGACACUUUCCAUUACCACCUACGGAUUCAUAUCCCACUUCGUUGGAAUCCCUCGUUUUUUCACUGACGGAUUUUGUGGCCAUACCAAGUGUAACAAACAGCGAGCCUCACCGUGAAUUUUGCCGUCAAGCGGCAAGAUGGUUGCAGAAAACAUUCGCGGAGUUGGGAGCCGAUGCUGUUCUGGUACCGUCUGCGGUCCCAGGGAGGAAUCCGCUAGUGCUGGGGACGUUCAGUGCUAAUGGAACAAAAACGGCACCAAAUGUGAAUAAAAGAUAUCGAGUUUUAGUUUAUGGUCAUUACGAUGUCGUCGCUGCUUCUUCGCAAUCCUCCUGGUUAAAUCCGCCCUUCGAGCUUACAGGUCUAAAUGGAUAUCUGUACGGACGGGGGGCAUCUGAUAAUAAGGGCCCUCUGCUAGCUUCAGCAUGGGCGGUGGCAGGGCUGCAGAGCAACGGCGAGCUUGACAUGGAUGUUGUUUUUCUUGUUGAAGGUGAGGAAGAAGCGGGGAGCGGGGGCUUCGCAGAAAGUGAUGUCAUCGGACCGAUUGACGCCAUUCUCGUUAGCAAUUCCUACUGGAUUGACGAUGAAACACCUUGCAUAACUUACGGCUUGCGAGGUGUUAUUCAUGCAUCCAUUGAGAUAUCCAACCAAGGUGAAGAUCGGCAUUCUGGGGUCGACGGCGGUGCGCGGCCAGAACCUAUGAUGGAUAUGGUGAAGCUUCUGGGGACGCUCAUGGACGCCAAUGGAACAAUAUUGCUUCCCUCCUUCUAUGACUGCGUAAGACCAGCAAUGGUAGACGAAGAGGCAUCGUACGUCCAUCUAGCAAAGCUCACUGGGAGUUCACCACAUUCCAUUUCGUCCAAAUGGCGUGAGCCUUCUCUGACCAUCCACAGUGUCACAACCUCUGGGUCCAGUCACUCCACUGUCAUUCCGUCUAGUGUGAGGGCGCAAGUCUCCCUUCGUAUCGUUCCAGAUCAGAGUCUUGCGGAUAUCAUUGCUGGGCUUGAGCUCUACCUCCGAUCAAACUUUGAGAGGCUGCGCUCGCCAAAUUCUAUCAAGAUUGAGAUCGAGCGGACUGCAGACUGGUGGCUCGGGAGGUUGGAUGAUAGAUGGUUCCGAGCCUUGGAGAAAGCUGUCCAAGAUGAAUGGGGCGUCCGCCCCCUGCGGAUACGAGAAGGUGGAUCUAUUCCAUCUGUCCCCUAUCUUGAAAAAGAAUUCAAAUGUCACGCUCUUCAUCUCCCUAUGGGUCAAAGCUCUGACCGAGCACAUCUGAAAGAUGAACGAAUGUCACUUAACAACCUGUACAAAGGUCGUUCUGUUGUCGAGCAUUUCUUCCGCUGUGUUUCCUCUGACGAUUGUUUUGAUAAUCAUAAUCUAUAA